AUGUUGGUCGGCUUCAAGAACAACUUGGACUGGUAUGACGGGCUCAGUUUGGCCGACGCUUUGACCCCCCCACUCCUGCUGCUGGGAUGCAGUCAGCUCUUCACGGGGACGAGUACCAGCGGCGGCCACCCCUAUGUCGAAGUCAGCGGUCUUGCCCUACGCGAGUUUGGCAAAGCUGAGGUCGGCAUUGGUCCUGUUAGUUGUGGUCGAGCUAGCAGUGCGCCGCACGUCGUCCACACGUUGACGCAACACAAUGAAGUCAGCGCAACGGCCACGGUGCUCAAGUAUGGCCUGGUGCAACUGCCCCGCGCUGGUAAGCGCCAAGGUUCGCUCAUCUGCGAAGAAGCAUUCGAGCCGCAGCUGUCGCGGCUGCCGUUCUCGACGACGGCGAAACACCACGGGCGUAUCCUGCCCUUGCACUUGUGGGCAGUUUGCGAUGCUCUAGGAAGCUCUUGGCGCCCCGUUCGGGACGGGAGCGGCGAAAUCGACACGGGCAAAAUCAAGGCGGCGACGGCGGUAAAAGAUUUCAUGGCGCUCAUGGAUUUGAGAGGCAAAGUGAACUGGCAAGGAUCCCUCGCCAAGCUCUGGCAAGUCGAACACUUCCAAGACGCUUGCGGCACUCGAUCGUGA